AUGCAACACCAUCUUCGGGCUAUGCGGUCCGGCCCCUUUUCACAGCAACUGUCUUCUCCGACAGCCCGACCCGGUUCCGCGCGCAGAUGCUCAUCCCCCUCAUCUCCCCCUCCCCCUCCACCACCCAACCCACCUACCCGGCCUCCGCCGCCCGGUGGUAGCGGCGGCAGCGGCGGUGGCGGUGGCCGUCUGCCACCCUCCGGUGCCAGCAUCUGGCUGCGACGUGUGUUUCAGGUUACUGCGGGCUUACUGGGCGCCACAGGUUUGGUUGCUGCUGCGCUGCCCAGUGUGUUAUCCACUCAGUGGGGGCUCCAGGGGGCGAUGGAGCUCCUCAAUACACAGCUGCAACCUCCCGGCCGUGUGGAGGUGGCGGGGGCUCAGCUCAGCUGGCUGGGGGGUAACGAGCUCCAGUGCGUCAAGGUGUACGACAGUCCUCGGGGCGGACAGAUCCUGCUACACCUGAACAAGGUCAGCAGCUCGUCCGGGCUGUGGCAUCUGAUGGCAGGCAGUAGCAGCUACAACUUGGUCGUCUCCAAGCCCUGGGUCAACGCCAUCUACGACCCUCGCAUCUCUGACUUCAAGUUGGUCCACUUCCUGGAGGGGCAGCAGCAGCAGCAGCAGCAGCAGCGCGGUGGUGGUGGUGGUGGUGGAGGAGGAGGAGGAGGAGGAGGAGGACGAGGAGGACAGUCUGGACGGGUAUUGGGGGUGCUGGCGCGAGUGAACAGCAAGAUGGAGCUGCAUGCGGAUGUACGGAUGGGAAGGAUGAACCUGGUGGUGGCGGAUGGACUGCUGCUGGUUCCGGAAGAAAUCAGGCAAAUCCUAGGUCCCCGACUGCACGUUACGGGGGCCGUGGGGGAGCGCGAGCUGCGGGAGUGGGCGGAGGAGGUGUUGCGGCGGCCCGGGCUGUACCGGCCGGGGGUGAUCCAGGUUUUAUCCGAGCACCUUCGCGGUGAGAUAAGGUUGUGGGAUGCCCCCGACCACGCCCUGCUGCACCAGCCCGCCACUGCCAGCUUGGAUUUGACUCCGGCUCUGUCCAGGUUGGCUCUAGCCGCCGCGAACCCCCUGCUCGGCAACGUGGUGGAGGUGCGCGGCGGCGGCAGACUGAGCGGCACCUUCAACCCUGACGGUGGACGACUGCCGUACCAUGCAGCCACCGUGGAGGCUCGUAUUCGCGCGCGGACCGGGAUGGAGCCCGUUUCCCUGGAGUUGGGUCCCUCCUCUCUCGCGUCGAAGUUGCUUGGGGACCUGGAGAUGUCGGCACCGGGGUUCGUCGGAGUGACUCGAAGGACCAUGGCGGCGGCGGCGGCGGCGACGGCCGCUGUCGCUGCCGCUGGCUCCGCUUCAGUUGCGAGUGGCGGCGCCGCCGAUAUCGACGGUGUCGGGGCCGGCAGUCACACGGAUCGCCCCCUCAACACUGUGUCGGUAUCUCGCAUGAAGGUGCACUUCAACCGGCAUGGCCGUAUGCAGACGGAACGAGUGGAUAUGCACCUUGGCACGGGGGGCGGCGGAGGCGGUGUGCACCUGGCAGCGUGGGGUGGUGCCGACCUUCAACGCGACGAGCUACAGUUUACGGUGGGCGUGUCGCCGGCGCCGUUGCUGGCGGCGCUUGGGCUGGGGGCUGCGGGCCUGCCGCCGGGGUAUCUGCUGCUGGUUCCGGUGCGUGGAACAGUUUCGGAGCCGCGGUACGACAUGGCGACGGCGGCGGUACGACUUGGGCAGUUGGGCGCACGGCAGCAAGCGGCGCAAUGGAUUGAUCGGCGGGAGACGCACAACGGUGGUGGAGGCUUGUCAGCCCGCCUGGGCGCCCUGGCAGCUGGUCUCGGAGCGGAGGAACUUCUAACCACCAUUGACCGGGUGCUGCUAGAGGAUCUGGCGAAUGUGCCGCCACCGCCAUCGCCAACAACAACAACAACAACAACAGCAACACCGCCAGUGUCCACCGAUUGA